AAAAAACAUAACAUAGGAUACAACACAAAUUUAAUGAGUGAAAGAUUUAGGUUAAAGCUGUCAGCAACAAAUAAUACAUGAUAAGUGUAAGCAAAUUUCAGAAUCCUGUGUAGUGAUAUAAAGCAGAACAAUGCAGCGCCAACAGCAAACACAACAAAACGUUCAGAUGGAACUCACUGUGGAAAAUCACUGGUACAAUGUGUUCAAUAGGUAUGAUGUGGAUGGAGAUGGACGAAUUGCUUUGUCAGAAUUGAAGACUAUGUUAAGCAGCAGUCACUUCAACCACGACAUUCCAGAUCGUGUGGUCACUCAGAUAAUAAAAAAUGCUGAUGCUGAUAAGAAUGGAUUUCUCGAUUUCAAUGAAUUCCUGAGACUGGUGGAAAGUGAUGAAGGGAAGCGCCUGUUCAGCCGUUACAUUAAUUCCUAUGUGCGAACAGUGAUUCCUCGACGCACUUGGACUCGACAUGACAUCAUCGAUGGAGAGUAUGAAGAUCAGUAUACAUGCAGUCCCCCAGCGUUAGGCUUGCUUAUCAUCAGUAUCAUUGAAAUAGCUUUCUUCUUGUAUGAUGUAGCUGUCACACAUACUCUUAUGAGUACUAAUGGUCCAGUCGCCAGGUUUUUCAUUUAUGACCCACAUAAACGAAUAGAAUUGUGGCGUUUCGUAACCUACAUGUUUGUCCACAUUGGUGUCGUACAUCUGAUAGUCAACAUCAUGGUGCAAGUGUUGUUGGGUAUUCCACUAGAGAUGGUGCAUCGUUGGUGGCGUGUUCUUGUAGUCUACUUUGCUGGUGUCAUUGCUGGUUCCCUCGCCACUUCAAUCUCAGACCCUUACGUGUACUUAGCUGGUGCAUCAGGUGGUGUUUAUGCACUCAUCACUGCUCACAUUGCUACAAUUAUCAUGAAUUGGUCAGAGAUGCAGUUUGCUGUGUGGCAACUCCUGGUGUUUUUGGUAUUGGCAGUGGUGGAUAUAGGCUCAGCAGUUCAUGCACGUUACAUUGCCAAUAUUGACCAGAAGAUAGGAUAUGUUGCUCACAUCGCAGGGGCUGCUGCAGGAUUGCUUGUUGGCUUGUAUGUCCUGCGUAACUUGGAGGUCCAGUCUUGGGAAAGGACUCUCUGGAGAAUCAGUAUCCUGGUAUUUGCAGCCUUAGUUGCAGUUGGUAUUGUCUGGAACAUUGCCUAUCCUAGCUAUUUUCCUGAACAGCGACCUACCAUGUAGUAUGCAAUGAUGGACUAUAUACACUUAGAGAUUUACAAAUUCUGUUUUGUUUAUGAUUUAUAAGUUCCAAGUAUUGUACCAUUGUAUUUAAGUCAAUUACAUAAAAACCUGUCUACUACAAUCACUCUCGUGUCAGCUCAUCUGUAAUGUGUAUUGUAAGCUUUUUCUCAGCAACCUCUUUCUUGCAUUUUAAGGCGACUGAAUUCUGGUAUUAUUAUAUAAACAGCUCUUUAUUAUAUAAAUUUUGCUCCAUUUCUAAAUAGGUUAGAAAAGAGUUGGUUAGGAUGAACUUUUAGUUUCCCACAAUCUCAACAGAGAAUAUUUUUUGGGCAGGAGGGAACUUGCAAAACAAAUCAUGAGCUUAAAAUAUAAAUAAUAUUUGGUUUGAAUCCAAUAAAAUUAUAUCUAUAUUGUUCGAAAUCUUAUGAAGGCAGGCAUGUAGGAAAUGUGCCUUUUUCCGACUAUGCUGGAAAGUAUUUUUAAUUGUAUUUUGUAACUCAGUAGAGCUGAGUGUUCAGAGACUGUCCAAAUAUCACAGAUUAGUCCAAGCUCAUGAUCACUAAAUUUGUAUACAGUUUACUCCGUUGGUGCUAGUAGUACUUGCAUGAUAGUACACUGCAAUUUUGUUUAAGCUUGUUGGGUAUGAAACUCCCUCUCCCAAGCUAUUAGUUCCAUUGACACCAAUCCCCAUUUUGUGGCAAGACUAAAAGAAAUCUAUUCAGAGCGUUUAGUCAAGUGAAGUACUGCCUGAAAACCACCAUGGAUCAUGGUAGCUUUGGGACAUGAGAGUGUGUGAAAGAAUGAAUGUAAGGUUAAUAACUUUUAAUUAGUUUGAUAAUAGUUAGAAAUACCAAAAUAUUUCAUUUUUAAUUUUUAUUGUAGGUUGUAUUUUUCUGUUAAUUGGAAUUAAUAUUUGUUGUUUAAAAGUCUGUGUUCAAAUGAAAGCGUAUACUAUUUUUCAGUAUCUGAUUGUAGAAUUUGCAUCUAAAUAAGUUUAUUAAUGUUAAAUAAGGAGCAGGUCAAGUGUAAGAUACUACCAUGCAGCCUUAACUUAGACUAUACAAAUAAAGAAUUUUUUAUUAGACAAAAACUUACUUAAACAAAUUUAUCUUAAAAUUCAAUAUUGUAAAGUAUUUGUAUGCUGAUGUUUGUGAUAUAAAAACUGUAUAGAUUGUAUUUUUCUGUGUCUUGGAAUUAAUAUUUGUUGUUUUAAAUUCAUCAAGUUCAUCCAAAAAGAAAGACUAUUUAAGAAAGGUUAUUUAAACAAGUAAAGAGCAUGCUCUGUUAGAGAGUCGUUUAACAUCCAAAUUUCUUGUUGUCAUCUAUAUCUUUAGCAAAAUCUGGAAUUAGAUUAUAAAACUUAAUCCUAACAUAAGCCUUCUUUAAAAAAUCAAGGUUGUGAUGUGAUUAAACUUUAAACUUAUUUUAGUUCCUAGUAUCAUAUGAGUGAUUUUGACUGUGCACCUGGAAUUUUCUACCAUUGUCUGACAUACAUAAUAGAUUCCAAAACAUAAAGACCAUACACUGUUAAUAUUUUUAAAUUUUUUAUGGUGUCAUCAUAGUUUAAAUUAAGCAUUGUUCUAAUGGCCUUUUUUAAUAUUAAAAUUGUGUCCAGAUUUUUAAUAGCAGUUUGUCUAUACACACAAAUUCGAUAUGUAAUAUUAGACUACAUAACACAUACAUACUACACAGAUAUCACAUUAACAAAGAUCCUAGAAUUUAUUUUAUUGAUGACAUUCUCAACCUGAUCAUAUCAAGUGAUUUUGUUAUCUAUAUAGUCCAGAAUGUUGUAUUUUCAACUUCAGUUAAUGUAUAAUCAUCAAUUGAUGUGUGAGAUUUAAAAACAAUUUACACUGCUUUGUAUUAAAAAUCAUGAAAUUAGUAACAUAACAACUGAUUGAGAAGUUUUUGUUUAUUGCAUUUAUUUGUUUAUUGACAGAAUUAGUGAAGCCUAUAAUUAUUAUUAUUAUUAUUUAUUUAUUUGUUACGUAGGUUUACAAUAGAAUGUUACAAUGCAACUCUAAACAUAUAACACAUCAUUUUUAGUAUCUAAUACAAAAUUUAUUCUAUUACAGAAUUUUCACAAAUUACAUAACAAUGAUUGUUAAAAUAAUAAAAUACAGUUUUAUACUAUGAAAUCAGAACAAAAAUCUGAACUUUUAUAAGGAUAGGGCUUCAAUAAGCAAUUUUUUAAGUUGCUUUCUAAAAAUUCUGGAAUCCUCUUCUAAAGUCAAAUUUGGAGGCAAAUUGUUAAAUAAUUUAGUUCCUUUAUAAAUGGUCUAGUUUCUAAAAGAGUGAGAUGAUGAGAAGGGUACUGGAAUUUGCUUUUGUUUCUUGUACUGUAAUCAUGUUGAAGAUUGAGUUUUAUAAAACAGAUUAUAAAUUGAUUGUUUUUUUACAAAUACAGCUAAUUCUAAAAUAUAGAGACAAGGUAAUGUUCAAAUUUUGAACUGUUUGAAGAAUGGGCGAAAUGACAGUCUAAAAUUAAUAUUGGCAAUAGUACCUUCUCCUCUUUUUUGCAGAAUAAAUAUUUUGUGGCUGUAACUACUAUGUCCCCAAAAUGUAAUACCAUAAGAUAAAAGCUACUGAAAAUACCCAUGAUAGACUGCCUUGGUCAUAGGAAAGGUCACAACUCCUGAAAUAUGCCUAAUAGCGAAUAAAGUAUUAUUCAGUCUAGAGCAUAAAUCAUUACUAUAUCCAUUCCACUUUAAAUCAUCCUGGAUUAAUUUUCCUAAAAACUUUGUGGAAUUAAUUAAUUAAAAUUGUUUAUUAUGAUCUAUUUGAUGUUUUAGUUGGUUUUUAUUGUUCAAAAAUUGAUCGUGUUAGUUUUAGAAAAAUUGAGAUUUAAUCCAUUGUACUUAAACCAAUUCGAGAGCUGACGGAUUGAUGAGUGCAGUUUAAUGUUAAUUUCUGGAAGAGUUGGCUGUUGUGAGCACUGUUGUGUCAUCUGCAAACAAAGUUAGACUGCCAUAAAAAUUAAAGGGAAGGUCAUUAACGUAGACUAGAAAUACAAAAGGUCCUAAUUUUGAUCCUUGAGGGAUACCAUACUGAACUUUUUACCAUUCUGAAAAACAAUCCAUUGUGCAUUUUCAUAGUGAUGAUAGGUUAGAACACAGUAUCCCAUUAAAUUACAAUUUUUUAGAUUUUACCUUAUCAAUCUGAAGUAAUAAGUGUUAGUGAAUCUUGACUGGUCUCAGGAAAUUGAGGUUAAAUGUGGUGCACCAUAGGGAUAGGGUGUUUUAAGAACAACUACUCCUUUUGACUUUUACUAAUGCUUCUACCUUAAUAAAAAAAAAAUAUUUCUCUAAGGAUAAUAUUCUCUAAAGUUGACUUUAUUUCAACUUUAUUUCAUCCUAAUUUAACAAUCUCAAAAUCCUAGCACAAAGCACAUAAACUAAGGCUUUUUAAAAGAAGCUUCUUAAUGAAGAUAAAACCUGAAAUAUAAUUUUCGCCUUAAGACCUUUUCAUAACAAUUCAGCACUACAUAUAUAUGCAAAACAAGUAAAUCUUUUAGGAAUUUAUACUGGCAAAGAGUUGGGCUAGGGCUCUCAUAUUGAUUAUAUUAGUUCAAAUCUAUCACAAAUUGUAUUUUUAAUUUGUAACUGACUAAUUGUAUAGCAAAUAUAUUAUUUUUGUGUACUUUCAAUCAGUUUUUAGGUACAGUUUAGUAUUUUAAUAUUUUUUGGAACUGCAGGGUUGUUGAAAUUUUUAUUUUAUAAAAUAAGGAAAUAAGAAUUGUGUCUUAGGUCAACUUCAUAGAUCAUUAGUAUUUUAUUUGAAAAUGAUAAGAUCUAUUUUGAUAUACUUAUUAAACAAUUGAUACCUCAUAACUGUGACUCCUGGCUUAUGCAAGCAUAUCUUUAAAGUGGUUGUACUUGCGCGUUGACGGAUUUUGUUCAAAAAUAUACUGUUGGAAUUGUUAUAAAAAUUAAAGAAUAGUUGGUGUAUUGUAAGUUUUUUAUAACCAUACCAGUUAUUUUGUUAAAAUGCCUCUUAUAUAUUCACACCUAUGUGCCAAAUUCGGUUUCUUUACCUUAACUAAUUUUAAAGUUAAUAGUAUUUUUAUAAAAAUACAAAAUGGCAGCUAGCGGAUAAAUGAGACAUUUCCCAACUUAUUGAUAACCUAUUUGACAUUGUUUGAAAUGAUGAGUUCUGUCAGCUACAGAAGUUUGUGACACCCUUUUGGGAACACCCUGUAUAUGUAUACAGGGGUGUCCCAGAACUCUCUACCAAUAUUUUCAAGUAUUAUUCAUGGACCAAAGGCAAACCAAAAUAUCAUAUUAAAACUUGUGAAAACUCAAUUACCCGAACUCGAUUUUUCAAUUGAGUAUUACAGCAGCUGGUUGUUAUGGCUCACAAACAGUGCUGACACAUAAUCAUAGUGGAUAUUGCUUUGGGCUUGAUUUUUUAAAAGUGCAUUAUCUCCAUUAUUUAUCAACCGAUUUACUUAAACUUGGUAUUGUUGGAUUCUUAAUUAAAUUGUCUAACUAAAAUGUAAUAAUUGAGACUUUUAUUAUUUGGAAUUUUAAAUAUAAUUACGCUUAAAGGUUUUGAGAAGCCACCAUUUUUUAAGUGAAGCUUCUAAAAAAUUAAAAUCUUUCUGUAAUUAGGCCUUUAGGUUAUAAAGCUAUAUACCAAGUUUCAACUGAUUACAACAAUCCGUUCUCAAAUUAAAAACACCUAAAUGAAAAAUAAAAAUGGCGGCUAUUCAGGUAAUGAAAUUUGGAAAUGGAAUAGUAACUGCAUAUAUAAAAUAAGCCUCUAAACAGGAAGUGGUAUAUCUCAUAUAAUUUCAUUAUGUAGACCAGUAUUUAUUUCAUUAAGUGUUUUUAAAAAUGUAACUAUAUUUAUAUAAAUCUAUAAAAGAUAAAUAUGAGUUAGUUAGACAGGUAUGAAGUAUUGUGUUACCUAAAUAAAUAUUGUCAUUUACAUUUAUGAUCCAAUGAUGUGUGUCAUAAAUUAAGUCAUAAAGUUUUAUUCAUGAUUUAGCUGUCUUAGGCUACAUUUUUUAUUUUUAUAUUAUAUACAGUUGAUUAACGUUGUUGCCAUGCAAAAUGUUAACACAGUAUUUAUUGUAUUAUAUUUAUAGUUCAAGUGUAGACUGAAUUUGUCCUAUAGUUAAUUACUUUUAGUGUUAUAACUCAAUAUAAGGAACAUAGACCUCACAGCAUAAAAUAAUAUUAUUUAAAAUAGUUUUAAAUUAUAAUAAUCCUUUGAUACAAA